AUGGAGACCGCCGCCCUGCCCCUCGACCGCGGCAACGUCGCCAUGACGUCCGUCGUGUCGCACCAGCGCUCGCCGGCCGCGCCGCCCCCGCACGUGCUCUCGGACGGCUCGCUCACGCCCAGCAACGACUCGGCGCUACGGCUCACGCGCCGCCGCCACAGCGUCCACGACCCGGCCACGCCCACGCGGGGAAGCGCCACUACCGCCGCCACGCGGCUACUGCGCCACCCUCUCGGCCCUGUCGAGGCCCCGUCGGCGCCGGCCGUCCCGCGCUGCCGCGCGCUCGCGCUCGAAGUGCUCGUGAACGGCACGUCGGGCGUCAUCGCGUUCCUCCUGUCGUCGACGCUCGCCGUGUCGUGCGCCAGCGUCGUCGUGGGCCACGGCACGCCGCUCGCGUCGGUCAUUGCGCCGUUCAUCGACAUGAACCUGCUCGGCACGGCCGUGCUGUCGGUCGUGUUGGCCUGGCAGAGCCGCGCGCCGUACACGUUGGGCUCGAUCGACGUGUUCGUGGCGCCCGUGAUGGCCGACAUGGCCGACAAGAUCUCGACGCACCUGCACGGCGACCUCGCGACGGUCGUGCCCACGACGGUGGUCAUGAUCGCCGCCACGUCGGUCGUGCUGGGCCUCGUGUUUGUCGCCAUGGGCGCGUGCCGCGUGACGGCGAUCGCCAACUACAUCCCGUACCCGGUGAUCGCGGGCUUUCUCUCGGGCAUUGGCGCCCAGUUGAUGAAGAACGGCGUGCACAUGGCCGCCAGCCGCGCGUUCUCGGCCGCGUUCUGGACCACGGACGUCCAAGUGCUGCUGCUGCCGGCCGUGGCGUUUGCCAGUCUGGCGCGCCUGGGGCAGUACCUCAAGUGCCCCGUCGCGCUGUCGUUCCCGUGCUUGCUCGCGCUGUCGCUCGUGGGGUUCCAACUGCUUGCCACGAUCAGUGGCGCGAGCAUGACGGCGCUCGGCAACGACGGGUGGGUCUUUGCGUGGGACCCGGUCGUCGUGGCCCAGACGCCCAUGUGGCUGCCAUGGGCCGAGAUUGACUUUCGACAAGUGCACUGGCACACGCUCACGCACGAGUGCAUGAAGUUUCUCGUGUCGCUGGUGAUUCUCGGCGCGCUAAAGUACAGCGUAGCCACGACGUCGUUGUCGACGCUGUUUGGACGGGACAUAUCGCCCGACAAUGAGAUGCGAGUGAUUGGGCUCGCAAACGUAGCGAGCGGGUUGUUGGGGUGCUGUGGCGGGUGUCACUACUUAUCGGCGAUGGGCAUCAUGAAACAGUUUGAAGCCCACGAGAAAGUGCCAGCACUCGUGUGUGCGUUUCUCGUGAUGCUGUUGUGGACAAUGGGCAUUCGCUUGCUGCAGUUUGUGCCUAAGUUUAUCUUUGGCGGGCUCCUGCUGAGCGUCGGGCUCCACUUUCUCGAGGCGUACUUGGUCGCCCCGUUCCAGUUCCUCAAGCCUAUCGAGAAAGUCACUGUUGUGCUCAUCACAUCGAGCUUUCUCGUGAUCGGUAUGCUGGAAAGCGUAGCCAUGGGCAUCAUCAUCUCCAUGAUCGAGCUCAUUUGGCGCAUCCACGCCGUUGGCUGUGUCCACCAUGAGACGACUGGGGCUCUCUCCCGUAGCGCGGUGGACCGCACUCCCGAACAAACUGCCUACCUUGACAGUGAAGGGAGUGCGAUUUUCGUGCUGCGACUGCAAGGGUACUUGUUUUUUGGCACUUCGGUCAACAUCUUGGAGCGGAUCGAAACGCGCAUCCACUCACUAGCUUUUCCCAAGCUGAGGUUUGUGAUCAUUGACUUUGGCCUUGUCCCAAGCUUUGAUGCUACCGCUCUGCUUAAUUUCCGCAAGGUUUCGACAUUUGCCGACAUGUACAUGUUUGACAUUUACUUUUGCGGACUGAGACCGAAAAUUGAAACUGCGCUUCGCCGGAACCAUUACACUGAGCGGGUGCAUUUACUUAGCAGCGAUGUGGACAUUGUGCUCGAAAUCUGCGAAAAUGAACUGCUGCCUGCUGACAUGUUUUCGAAUCCAGAAACUCCGCGGCCAGGAAAGUCACUCAACGACUGGAAGCGUCUGAGUCAACUGGAGCUCUGGGAACACUUCAUGGCUGUAUCACCUGAGCACUUUGGGUCUGCUAGUUACCAGAAACUGCUUCCGCUGGCUGCGUAUUUGGAUAUUGUCGUCGUGCCGAACGGAACCCAGCUCGUUCCAGAAUGCUUGCGCAACGACACGUACUUCAUUUGUUUUGGAUACAUGAACUUCAUCAUGGAUUCCGAGUUUUCCAAUGCACACAACAUUCCCGGCGUCCGUCUCGCUGAUGAUGAUAGCAGUGAGGAUGACGCUAGCACGCGAUACAAUGACAGCCGCGCGAACGAAGAGAAGGACUAUGAGCUGAGUAAACCCAGUAGAGUAAGGAAGGCGCGCACGCUAUCGUACGUGGUCCCAGAGGAGCCGCAGUGGACACCCUUCACGACGGCAAAGUCACGGCUGCUUAAGAUCGGACCGGGCUCCGUCAUCACACUCAACGUUCCGGGCGUGGAUCCCGAGUACAAAUACUAUGCUACGUCAGACUGCAUGGUGCUGCGUUUACGUGCAGUAGCGAUGGAGAUGUUGGAGGCACGUGCACCGCACACAGCGGUAGCAGUACUGAAGCUGAUUAACUUUCGCUUGGCGUCACGCUUCCGCCACUCAAGCAAGCGCGUGUCGCAGAUGUCUUCGCUGCUGUACAAGUAG